CAACACAAGAAGAUCAAGAUGAGCACUCAAGUCUCGAUCUCAGGACUAGUGCAAGUGGAACUGUACCAGAGUCUACUCAACCGACUAGCAAAUCACACUCACUCAUUCUCCCACUUCAACUCACGUGAAAUCGGAUUCGAUCGAGGCCCACUCGAAACCAUAAGCGAAGACUCAAAUCUACUCACACUGAAGCAUACCAUCCGAACACCUGGAAUAAUCGAGAAUGACUCUCCAAUCAACUACAAAAACCCAAUCAGGAAUGGCUGGUCUCUCAUCUCUCUCGGCAGAAUCGAGCCUGAAAGGUUAUCUCCCGAGUUCUCCAUCCGUCCGAUUCACUUCUGCCCGAUCAUCGCCGGGAACCCGAUCGAAUUCGUGAGCGCCUUAGGAUAUCGACGAACGUUUGAGUAUUUCAAGCGGGGUGUUCAAUUCGUACGAGGGGGAGUGAUCAUCGAGAUCUUUCGGGUCUAUCACAGCGAGGAUGAUGAGAAGCCGAUGGCUGGAGCCGACCUGCAUCUGAUCACCGUCACAGCCAUCAUCCCAUCCGCCGUCCGGGUAAGUAACCCCACCAAUCCCACCGGAACAGCCGCUGGAACCACUGGAACAACAACCACUGGAACCACUGGAACAACAACAACAACAACAAACACAACCAACCCAACAGCAGCAGCAGCAACAACAACAACAACAACAACGACAACGACUUCUUCUUCUUCUGCCAACUCAGGGCCAACCGUCCAAGAGCUCAGAAACGAAGCUUGUGCUCGAGUUCGUGAGAUCCAGGCAAUCCUCAAAGGACUCGCCGAUCUCGGAAGGGUCGAGCCUUUUUAAGCACUUCUAUUCAACGCACUUGACUUGGUUGAGCAGUGGAGAUAUAUGAUUUACUUGAAUCAGUUGGUUAAAAGAUUGUUUGAAUUGAUGGUAUCUAUGCACCAAUCACACAUAAAUAUGUGUGUGUAAAACGUAAUGAACAUGCAUUUGAUUUAGCAAAGA